UCCGCCGCUGACAGGAGGAGGCGGGCCGGCGGGGACGGGAGGCCGGAGAGGGAGAGAGGGCGGGCAGUCACACUCACUCACUCAGCCAGCAGCACGGGGGUACGGAGCCUCCGUGUGCCGAUCCGUGCUCCCCUCCGGAGGGGGAGAUAAGGGGAAAGCCGAGACACCCCCCUCCCCUCCCCGCCCGCCCGCCCUCAGUUACCGCCGAGUGGCCCAUGAGGAGCCGGUCCGUCCCGCACGGCGCCCAUGCCCAACUCCGGGGGCAACGGAUGCGGCCCGAGCGCCGAGCCGUGCGUCCCCGGGCCUGAGUCCCGCACCGAGUCGGCGGCCCCGGGCUGAGUGUGCAGCGCCGGGCCUGUGUGUGGCCGGGGGUGGGGGGUGUCUCCCGCUGCUCCAUCUCCGCCUGUCUCUCCCUGUGCUGCGCACACACACACACCCUCCGGGCGGGAGGUAAUCCCCAAGGUUGUAAGGGGGGUGUGGGGAGCGGGGAGUCGGUUUGUCAGUCACUGUCUGCCUCCCCGAGCCGCGGAAUCACCGCCCGGGCCCCAUGGCUUUCAUCAUGAAGAAGAAGAAGUUCAAGUUCCAGACCAUCUUCAGCCUGGAGGAGCUGGCCGCCGUGCCGUUCGUCAACGGGGUGCUCUUCUGUAAAAUCCGCCUCCUGGAUGGUGGGGAUUUCACCCAGCUUUCAAGCAGGGAGGAAGUUCAAGAGAAUUGUGUUCGCUGGCAGAAGAAAUUCAGUUUCAUUUGCAAGAUGAGUGCAAAUCCAGCAACUGGUGUUCUGGAUCCUUGUAUCUGCAGAGUAUCAGUACGAAAGGAACUGAAAGGUGGAAAGGCAUUUUCUAAGCUUGGAUUUGCUGACCUCAACCUAGCGGAGUUUGCAGGUUCAGGCUCCACUGCACGCUGCUGUUUAUUGGAGGGUUAUGACACAAAGAAUACACGACAGGACAACUCUAUCCUGAAGGUCACCAUAGGCAUGCAACUGUUGUCAGGAGAUCCUUGUUUCAAAACGCCUGCGUGUACUGCCAAGUCUAUUUCAAUACCAGGCCAAGACAGCUCCUUACAGCUGGACUGUAAGGGAGAUGGGACCAUAGACAAUACUGUUGCCUCCGGGGGCUUGCAUUCAGUGAGGCAGCCAAAACCUCGGCCUCCACUCAGUUCAGGUCUGACUGAAGAUGCCGAUCAGACCCCGUCCAGCCCAGAUGAAGUAUUUCAAACUGGUCAUUCUCGGAAUUCCAGCUAUGCCAGUCAGCAUUCAAAAGUGUCAGGUUACAGCACUGAGCACUCUCGGUCCUCUAGCCUUUCGGACCUAACUCACCGGCGUAACACAUCCAGCAGCAGCAGUGCCUCUGGAGGGCUCAGCAUAACCGUUGAGAGCACAGAUGGAGAGAAGGAACACAAAGUGGAGCGACCACCCAGGCCCCCAAGGCCAGCACUCCCACCAGAAAGGCCACCCAGGUACACAGCUGUUCUGUUUAAAAGAGGUAGUUCCCUAUCUCUGGAUAGUGCACAUCCUGAUAGCAGGACCCACAGAAGACGAAAAAAGGAAACUGUCGAGAGUCAACCUACUUGGGUUGAUGAUACCAGAAUCGAUGCAGAUGACAUUGUGGAGAAAAUUGUGCAGAGUCAAGAUUUCACAGAUGUCAGUAAUGCUGAAGACAGUAAUUUGAGGCUGUUUGUAAGCAGAGAUGGAACAACAGCACUCGGUGGUAUUCAGCUGGGGAACAGGGUAUCUGCGGGUGUCUUUGAGCCUGUUGUUAUUGAGAGCCGUUGAGAAACUUGAGCCACUCUGCAUCUACUUAACCACUUUCCAUUUGAGCUCCUUGCCUACAGCACAUCUAGUCUUAUCCAUCAGGUCAUGCCACCCACCAGUUCAGCUGGACUGAAGAAGGAGGGUGGCCACUGAUAUCAAACAACAGCCCCACUCCCCACUCCCCCUCUCAAGAAGUGGCUGAUGUUGAUUCUGACUUCAUUGAAGUAUUUAGGGAAUUGGUUGGGACGUGGCUCCCAUUUUAAAGAAAAGACCUCCCAUUUAUUUCUGUUGCAGUGCUUACUGAGAACCAGUACAGAGAUCAUGAUUUAAUCUCAGAAAUAAUUUGUUUUUGUGACAUUGAAAUGUUGUUCAAGAAAUCCUCUUGAAACACAACAAUUAAAUGCAAAACACUUGUGACUGAGUGUCUUUUUAAAGGGGACAGUUUUUCCUUGAAAUAUUGUCCUCCCAGUGUUAUUCCAAGGUAGACCCUUCUAGACCAUUUGGAGACCAGGGCUAAAGACUGCACAUCGCCCUGUUGGAUAUUGUUGCAUAAAGAGGAAACUUUUUAACACUUUGGAAAAUUUUAUUCUGUUUCGCCCCAGAUUUUAAGUUGCUGUGCGUGUGAGGAAAUCAGUUUGUUUUGAUCCACCAAACUUGAUUGUGAUUUUGGUUACUAGAAAACACAAAUUUUUCACUUAAUUGUAACAAUUUCAGCAUUAUUGCUGUCAAGUGAAGGAGGUUCAUAUUUUAAAAAAAUCAAAAUAAUGAUCGUCCAAAUUCUAAAUCAGUGUAUCAACCAUGAUGCUAUUAACGGACACAUCAAAUACGGUGAUGUCUUUGCACGGAGUAUUUGUGUAUCUGUGGGGUGUUGGAUUUCUCUUGAAAUGAAGUAAUAGGAUUUUUUUGUUUCUUUGUCCAGUAGUGACACUUUUCGUGAUUUCUGAUGCUUCCGACUCAUGUCAGGAACUUGACAUAUUCAUAUACAUAUAUUGUUCCUUAAUAAUGCAUGUUGUUGGAACGUAUUUCUUUAUGGGCAUGGAGCAGAUUCAUUCAUGUUCAUAAAUCGGUUGUUUUUUAUAGUUGUGCUUCAAAAGAAGAUAAAUCAGAUGUGUGUUUUAACCAUGCUAUCUGAACAGUUACUAAAAGGCUGGCUUUAAAGACUCCAGUCUAGUGGCGUGCUGUUGCAAUAACAGUAACCUCAUCAGAAGGUAUUCUGAAGAGAAAUGGAACCUGUGUGCUGUACGAUCUUGUUGCAAAGACUAAUAAUGCACCACUGAACCAGCCACUGAUGACUAUUAAUACCUUUUAUUUGUGCUCAGCUGUUCAGAACGGUAGUGGGCAAAUGCUGACCUUGUGGAAAUUCUGAUGUUUCCUUAUUGUUGAAUUAUAUUGGAAGGAACAGCUACUGAUUCCAAACUUUGGUCUUGUCUCUUAAGCUGUCAGUAAGUGGCCUUUGGUACAGGUGUUUCCUGCUUUGAAACAAAGAUACUGUAAACCUUUGGGGGUGAAACUUGUUUUUGUUCCAGAUUGAUUAUGGGCCAUUAGAGUACACUUUUACUUCCCAAUCAAUCUGAGGGAUUUGCUAAAGAAGUGCCAUGGAUUUUUGCUACACAGCAUUAACAGCUGGCUGCGUAUUUUGUACAAUACUGUGCCAGUGCAACACUCGAUUCUAGCCCAUUGAAGUAUUUAGUGAGGAGAAUUGAAAGUUUGGGAAUUGCAGUUCUCCAUGUUGCUUGUCUCUGACCUGUCGGGCUGUGGAUGUGUAAUCUGAUGGGUCCAGAUCUUGGUCUAAUCAGGCCUGAGCCAGUUUGCUGCCUCUGGUGGAACAAAUGAGUCCAGUGAUUCAUGGCGAGAGGCUGUAGCUCUUUAAAAAUGUCAUUUUCCUGUUCCUGUCUGAACAUGCUGGCGUUGGUUAGCUAUGCACUUUGAAGACUUGUAUAUUUCCUACACUAGCCUUGUCCUCUUGCUUAUUGCAUGCCACUUGUGAAUAUUGUGGCUCAGUUUAAUGUAAUGUGAACAGUUAACUUGUCCACUAUCUGUAUCUGUGGUAAAUUUGAGGCCUAAAAUUCAAGGCUGCGAUGAAUCUUAACUCUUGAUUUUUGUACUGUUUUAAUAACUGUUCUUGACAACUAGUGUGAGGAAAAUCUUAAGUUUUUUUUAAUGCAGAGCCAAAAUUAACACUUAACUGCUAGGAUAUUACCUCUUUUGCACAGACUGGUUCAUAAAUAACAAAAGGUAUCACCUUCAAGCAACUAAAAUCUGCAUAUUCGUUCAAAAACAUCUUUCUGGCCCCUCUUAUUUAACCACUGAAGUACAGGUUACUUGAAGACGCAAAAGAAUGCCCAUUUAGUCAAAUAAUAUGGAAAUCGAAGGUCUUUCAUGUUAAUUACAAUGAAUCUUGUUCUCAGUGUUGACACUGAGAUGUAAAACCCCAUCAAACUCACCCUCCCAUUUUACUGAGUGGAUGUCUUCUUGACUUCAUGCCAAUCCCCUCCCAAAACUGGUUCUGUCCAAAACAUGUUUGCAAGUAGAUUUCUGUGUGUUCAGUAAUUCCAAAGUGAACAAAGUUAACAAUCCGACAACACCAGGUUAUAGUCCGGCAGAUUGAAUUGGAAGCACUAGUUUUGGAGGGCAGCUCCUUCAUCAGGUGGUUGAUAAAGGAGCGGUGCUCUGAAAGCUAGUGCUUCCAAUUAAACCUGCUGUUGUGUGAUUUUUAACUUUGUACACCCCAGUCCAACACCAGCAUCUCCAAAUCAUUCCAAAGUGAGACAUCGUUGUGUGGGCCUGAGGCAGUGUCUGUCAGAGACAAUUAAUCAGAGCGCAAUACGGUGCUACACAAUUACACUCCCUACAGAUAGACAAUGUGAGUGAAUAGCUCAAAAGACUUAUGCCAAUAUAUUUCUUCGUACGUCUGCAAGGUGAAAUGCUGCCCCACUGACAAAACUUUCCUAAAUUAAAAAAUUUUUUUUCAUUUGACUUAAAAUUUUGAAUAUGCAGUUGUGUUUUGCAUUUGGGGAGCUGGUCAGCUCAGUUAGCUGGACAGCUAGUUUGUGAUGCAGAGUGAGUCCCAACAGUGCACAUCCAGUUCUCCGUGUGGGUCCUGCCUCCUUCAUCUCUCCCUUCGCCUGAGGCGUGGUGAACUUCAAGUUAAACCACCACAAGUUGUCUAUCUCUAAUGAGAGAGCAGCACCAUGAUCCUCUGGGACUAUGGUGACUUUUCUUUUACAUGCACUGGUUUAAAAAAAACCCAACACUAUCUACCAGUACAUUUAGUCAUUACCGAUGAAAAGGCCAACAGUUUCAUGACCCCUUUGAUUAGAUAGCCCCACCUUUAGAUUGUAUUUAAUUUAGCCCUUGACCAUAUAGUUUUUCCAACUUGUUUAUUUUAAACAAUGUAAUCGGCUUUAGAAGGCUGAAAUGGAGUAGCUGACUACAGAGAUUUCUACAGAAUAUCUUUGUUGAAGUAGAGUUUGAUGCAAGUCUGAGAUCAUCCAUAAAUACCACAGUCCUUCCCUAAAUCAACUUAGCUUGUUAAAAGAAUUAAUAAACUGUUCAGAUAUUCUCAGCAUCAAUAAAACCAGCAGAUCAAGGGUUAAGAUUGAAUAAUAAUUUUUUUUACAUUUUAGUAACAUUUGACUAUUGGCAUUGACGUGUUAAUCAAAAUUUAGUGUAAAUUCACUUGGAACAGUUUUUUUAAUUGAGGUAUUUUUUCUAGCAGUAUUUUCCUGUUUUGACUUGCUUUGUUAGUAGUUAGCAUAGCACCUUGCUACAGAUCCUACUAACGGAGCUUCAGUUUGUAUAUUACUUUAAGUGCAGGGAUUGCAAACUAAAUUGUCACCAACUCAGAGCUCCACUUGUGCUGUGGCUGUUGCCUUUGAACGAACUAAUUUAAUUUGACCAAAGUAGAACAUCUUGAUAAUUGAGACUUGGACCAGUUGUCUCUUAAAUCCUUUUUUAUUGCUCCCCCUGGACAUGUACUCAUGUGCCACCCCCCCCACCCCAAUUUGCUUUGUUGCUAUUAGGUGGGCACCUACCUCUUCUCCUUGUCUUUUGUUCUUUUCUCCCUGCUACCACUCCAUGGCCUAGCAUUGUUAGAACACCACUUCACCACCCAAGGUCCUCUUCUAAGUAGGAGAGUGGUCUUGCCACCUGGGCAGCGAUGACAGCAGGCUUACAAAGCAAUCUGUCCUGUGCAUUGUAUUUACUGAUGAGAGUUCGUGAAAUCAGUAAUUUGGAAGGGAGUUGUGGCAGAAAUGUCUAGUUACGACACAAGGUCGCAGAUGGGGCUGUUUUGUUAACGGGACUGCUGCAAAUGUGUUGCUGGUCAAAGCACAGCAGGUUA